ACGCAGAGUACAUGACGCACGGCGAUUGUUGUUUCGCGAGUGUCGCCGAGGGAUCUCCGUCGUGUCAAUUCGACGGACAGAAACAGACAGCGAGAGGGAGAGUGCGUAAACGAAAGGGCGAAUUGGUGACGUGAGUGAGAUUGACGAAGAGCAUUGCGAUUGUCAUUGUUGUCGUUGUGUCACGCAGUCCUCCCCUGUCGACGGGGACGAUGAAGUUCCAGUACAAGGAGGAGCAUCUUGAGAAGAGGAAGGCCGAGGGCGAGAUCCGACGGAAAUAUCCCGAUCGGGUGCCCGUGAUAGUUGAGAAGGCGCCUAAAGCAAAAAUCAGUGAUUUGGACAAGCAAAAGUAUUUGGUACCUUCUGACUUGACUGUCGGCCAAUUUUACUUUUUAAUUCGUAAGAGAAUUCAUUUACGUCCCGAAGAUGCUUUAUUCUUCUUCGUCAACAACAUCAUUCCUCCGACAAGCGCUACAAUGGGCUCUCUUUAUGCGGAACAUCAUGAAGAAGAUUUCUUCCUAUAUAUAGCAUACAGUGAUGAGAAUGUGUAUGGUCACUAAGCCCCAUGGAACAAGCAAAUUGCCAAAACAACAAAAGGAUUCAGCGACAAAAAUUUACCAUCUCCCAACGUAGUCUUCAUAGCCGCUUUCGAAAACCGUGCAUACAAAAUUACAUAUAUCGACACUUUGUGAAAUUUUACAUCUUGAUGCUGCACAUUUGCUUCUCCCGAAAAACUACACGACUAUAUCCUCGGAUGAUAAAAAAACGCUUUUUAUUGAUUUCAUUCUUUCUUUACCACUGGCUCCAUCGUACAAUGUGAAAAACAGCUAUCUAUGCAAAAUUAUGUGAUGUAAUGUUUAGCCUGGCCAUUAAAAAAAAAGAACAAAAGAGAUGAAAAAAAAA